GCAAUCGGCGUUCUGACGUGUACAUAGCGAUGUAAACAUGGCGUUGUGUCGUGGUUCAUCCCUUUUAUCAUUAUUGUUACUAACUAAAUUAUUAUGUGUGAUUACAGCCCACUUACCAGAAACAUUAUUGUGCGCAGACGCUUAUUGUACACAAACGAUAGGGGAAGGAACAACCCUCCAGAGAUUUGAUGCACCGGAUGAAUCCAGGGUUUCCUUUUUGUCACGUCAAAAAGUUACAAUAUAUGCCAAAUCCAACGACCGGGAAAACGACGUUUAUUUGGUAGAGAUAAAUGGCCGUAAGGGCUUUGCGCCCAGAGGGAUGAUCAGAGAAGAGCGUUCAUUUCAUAAAAGAGAAAAUCUAGUCACUGCCAGGUGGGACGGUGUAUUUCGCUCGGACAAUGACAAUGUCUCAAAGUACAAUGAAGCCUUGCAGAGUUCUUCAAUGGCAUCCAGUGUUACGGUGCAAGGUACAGCAGCUGAUGUACUGCAGCAACAUACAGUACAAACAUCAGCAACUCCAUCUCUACCUGAGAAGAGCUCAAUUGCACCUGCUCUAGUCGCAGACCAAUCAUCAUUGCUCACAGGAUCCCUCGGUGUACAGCCUUCACUCUCAAACGAUGCCAGCCAAAGCGCAGCAACACAAGCCCCCUUGAGCUCCCUUUCUACAGAACGGUCAUGCACACUUGACGGCACUCUCAUGUACGGUGAACACUGCGACGCUGAAGCCAGUGAUGCGUCUUAUCAUCCACCACAAUCAUUCAUGUCAGGGCCGCCAAUCACGACCACUCCGACACCGUAUGGAAUGAAUGCAGAACGGAUUGUUAAUGCUGAAAAGCAGCCAUCCAUAUCUCAGAGCAAAGUCUUAGCUGGGGAGAAGCCAUUAAGCAGCAUAGAAAUGUCACAAGUUAAUGCGGCUGAAGAAAUAGUACCACACACAAAUCAGAGUGAAGGGGUUAAAACUGAAAUGGAGCACUCAGAUAAGGUAUCAGAUGGGGAUCGUGCCAGCUUGCAUGUCAGUAAUGUAAGCAAAAUGGGUGCUGGAAUGAAUGAGAGAGACCCUGCAUCUGAAAAAAUGGAAGACAAGGUCCUUCUUGAUAGGAAUAAGCAAGAAGGAGACUUGCCCUUAAAUGAUACUGCAGGGGAUGCUGCAGAGCUGCAGAUGGAUCAAAAUGUGGGUGAGAGAGCAGCUUCAUUAGAUGAUAAUGUGUCCAAGGGAAAAGAGAUAGAGAACAUCCCAGGAGAAGAUGAUGAUGAUGAAGACAGUGUGGAAGUCGAGGAGGUCUUGGACGAAACUGAUGGUUACGAUGGUGAAGCAGAACAUGCGACAGCAACUUUUAAAUCAGACAGUUCCUCAGCAAGCCAGGUGCCUGAACAUUUGCGCAAAGCUACAACUAAUGUAGCAGCUGCAGCACAAGCAACGGUUGCUGAGGCAACAGCACAGAAAGACACAUUGAGUGGAAGUGCUGAUGAUAGCACAAGUGUGACUUUGGAGGAAGCGAGCCCAACACUAGUAGAGCCGCCUCAGCCUGUCCAUGAAGAAUCUAGUGCCAAGGUGUCACAAAUAUCUAUUGAUAAUGCAAACUUAAUAGCUAGUUCUUCUCUCGCUGCUGCAGCUGGGAGUCUCGAGGCCGUUCCUCAGCAGUCUGAAAAAAGCUCCUUGGAACCUACACGCUCUGAAACAUCGCAGCACGUUGUAGGAACUUCAUCUUUGCAUGAGCUCCCUGGAAGCAGUGAGGGUGAAUCCUCUUCAACGCUACUCACAAGUGCCACUGAACCUUUGAAUCUGCAACCUCACUUAGGGACACCUUUGCUGAACCCUAUUAUUGACACUCUGAGAUCUACUGAUGAGAGUGCACCGUCACCCAGCACCGUUGUGGGAUCUGUUAGUACAAGUAAUAGUGAAGCAGAAACUGUUGCGGAGAGCCCUCUGCUUGCUGACACACAUAAUUUAUCAAAUACAGACCAGACCGCAUUUGAUGAUCCCCUAAAGAACGAACCUCCCGAAGAAAGCAAGGGCAGUUCAGACAUUAAAGCCACGUAUGUGCACAGGUCUUUGUUUUCCGUAUCACCUUCGCAAGAUGAGACCUCGGGUACUUCUGUACAAUCCCAGACAGCAGCAUCUGGUUCAGAAAAUUACGAUACAGUCAUAUCGCAACAUGUUGUAGGAACUUCAUCUUUACAUGAGCUCUCUGGAAGCAGUAAGGGUGAAUCCUCUUCAACUCUAUUCGCAAGUGCCACUCAACCUUUGAAUCUGCAACCUCCCUUAGGGACACCUUUGCUGAACCCUAUUAUUGACACUUUGAGCUCUACUGAGAGUGCACCGUCACCCAGCACUGUUGUGGAAUCUGUUAGUACAAGUAAUGGCGAAGCAGCAGCGUCUAGUUCAGAGCAUUAUGAUGCAGUCAUAUCGGAUUCUUAUGGACAUCCCACUCAGACUGAAAAACAGACAGAUAGUUUAGCAGUUGCACCUACUGCUUCCUCUGAUGUUGCAGAAGGUCCCCCGGCUGCAGCCAAUGCCUUCGAGGAGGAGAGCUUGCAAAAGGCAGAGGCACACUCUGAAACAAAAGAUGCUCUUGCUGUACCUGAAGUUCCUGCUGCAUUAGAGGAUCCUUUAGUUGCUGAAAUCAGUACAGCAGUAAAUAGUCCUCCGGUGACAGAUGCUACCACACAAAGUGAUCGUGCUCCAGAACUCGAUGUGCCCCCAGAAACCGAAAGCAGUGCUCAUGGCAGGGUGCCUCCAAUUUCCGACGGGAACACCGAACAGCUCAAAUCUGACGAUGUUCCAAGCGAUGAGUCUGUAGGCUAUGUGCAGCUAUAUCUGAACCUACUGAAGGAAUACACACAGUUUGUCGUUGAUGGGCUUCCUGAACCUCUCCAUGGUGCCCUGCAUGAUCAACAGGUCCGAGGCCUGUCUCCUCGUGUAACUGUCUUCACUUUCCUGUGUGGCUUCUUUUCCGUUGUGCUGGUCAUUUCAUUUGGCUGCUUUCUGAAUGACAAGAAGAGCACAUCACUUAUGGUCAGCAUCGCCUCCCUAGAGAAAAACCUGUUCAAUACACGCACAGAGCGAGAUGUGCUCAAAGAGGAAGUUGAGCAGUUCAAGCUACAGGUGAGCAGCACCCACAAGAUGUCACUGGAGAAGCAGGAUCAAUUAAAGAGGUUGUUGAAGGAGAACAAGGAUCUCGAGAGGAGCAACCAGCAACUGGAGGCUGCCCUGCAGAAGGUUAGGGACGCCUGGAAUCAGGACAGGAACCAGUUGGGCACACUCAGCUCAGAGCUCAACCAGAAAGAGAAUCAGAUUGCUGAAUUGCAAUGUGCUUCAGAAAAAGAGAAAGAAGAAAACCAGACUCUGUCAUCAAAAUUGCUACAGUGUGAAGGUAUCAUUGAGGGAGAAAGAGCAAAAUUAGAGCAGCUCCGGAACAGUGAACACCAACUGCAGAGCAAGUUAGAAGAUAUGCAAUUGGCACAGAAGGAAUUGCUACAAGAGAGAAACGUACUGAAUGAAAGGGUGGACGAGCUCUCUUCAAAGGUGGAGAUGGAUGCUGAGGAAAUUCGGAAGCUACUGAGGUCAUUACAUGACAGAGAUGCUGAAAAUCAGGUACUUCAAGAGAGCAUAAAAAGUCUUGCUGUAUUGCAAGACAUGUGCAAUAAGACAGAAGAUGAGUCACAAGAUGCAGAAGCUUCCAAGGAAGUGGAAACAUGCUUGAAUCGUCUGAUGGAUGUGGGCCAGAUGCGUCUGGAAUAUCAGAAAAUAAAAGAACAAAAUGAUGUCUUAGAAGAGCAACUAGCUGCUGAAAGAAGGCAUUUAGAAAAGAAGAAAGACCAAGUAGAAGCUCUCGAAAAUGAGAUGGAGAAGCUGAAGCGGGACACCAGGGAAGCUCAGAGGGAGCGAACAGAAGCAGUUACAAAGCUUGAAAUCCUUUCUGCUUACUUCAAAGAUAGAGAAGUUCAACUUCAAAAGGAAAUAGGCAAGCAGGAGGUGUUGCGGAACCAGAAGGAUGCUGAUGCUACCACAGCAGAACAACAGCUAUCUUUGCUGGAGCAGCAGAAUGCUUCGUAUAAAUCCCAGCUUAGUUCUCUGAAGCAAGAAAUGGAGAUAUCUGAACGAAAUUACAAAAACCAGAUCACUGACCAAGAAAAAAGAGCACAUGAAAAUUGGCUUGCUGCCAGAGCAGCCGAGCGCAAGUUAGAAGAAGCUAACAAGGAGUUGGCAUCUAUGAGACAGAGGUUGACUCUGUUGCAGCGGGAGAAAGAACAACACGUUCAGGCAGUACUGACAAACAGUCACUCUACAAAGGCACUGCCCUCAGAAGAUCUCCAAGCUGGGGCACCACCCCUUCACCCACUGCCUCCUCCACCCCCUCCCAUGUUCUUGCCCCCACCCCCAUUCAUGGGGGAACCAUUUCCCCCACAUCCACCAGAGCCCUGGAUGCUUCAUGGGGGACUUCCACCACCCCCUCCACCAGAAGUCUUCAAGAGACAUCUUAGAGGAAGUCCUGGUUCUUUUGCAAGAGCUUCUCCUGGAUCAUCUCUCAGAGAUGACUCACCACCACCACCACCACACUCAAGAGGCUCACCACCCAUUCGUCUGCCUCAUUUCUAUGACUCCCGGGUAGGCCAUUCUCCUCCCCCUCUAGGGCCCUCCCACGGUCCCCCUCCCAUGACACUAAGUUUUAGAGGUCCUAGAGGCCUUCACCGCUCUUCCAAUUCCUUAUCAGACGGCAAAUCCAGUGCUCAUUCCACAUCAAGACCUAGUCCGCAGCCGUCUCCCAGUGUGCGAAAAAACAAUGGCCCUGCUACAGGAGUUUGAUCUUGUAUAGAAAAUAUGAUUUUAUUUUAUGCAGUCAGUGUAAGACUUUUGUUGAAGCAAUGGUGCAAGGGAAUAUGAAAGUUAGUGAAUGCCUGUGGUUCAUCAUCUUCCAGUGGUUUGUGUUAAGAGACAAGUGGCCUGCAUCAAUUUGUGUACAGUUCGACAGCCCAGGCUUGCCACCACCAGACUGUGUUAUUGGCGUGCCUUUCCGGGUCACUUUGGUGAGAUGAUGGAAUGACUGUAAAUAAAAUGGCUGAACAAUG